GAUUCGAUGGGAUGGAUGAAAAAAUUUUGGGCAGUGAACUAAACAGGGCCUUAGAUGAUCUUGUAUUUUGGGCCUCCUUUCGUUUGCCUUAUUUUUGGGCCUUUCAUUUUGCUAUGUAAAAUCUGGACAGGUCAAAUAUCGGCCCAAGUAAUAAAGGAUGAGAGAUGAGACACAGGAGGAACGGCAUCCCAUUCCCAUUCCCAUUCCCAUGGCGCCGCCGCCGCCGCCGCCCGAGCUGAUCGACGACGCCAUCGCAGAGAUCCUCCUCCGUCUCCCUCCCGACGACCCCGCGUGCUUCGUACGCGCCUCCCUCGUCUGCAAGCUCUGGCGCCGUAUCCUUUCCAACCCCACGUUCCCCGACCGCUACCGCGAGUUCCAUCGAACACCUCCCCUCCUCGGCUUCCUAGGUAGUAACUAUAGCUACUGCCGCGCCAGCAAAGUCAGCCGCUUCGAUCCCAUCACGACUCGCAUCCCCUUCCUCGAGCCAGAGUUCGAUUGCCGGGCUCUGGACUGCCGCCAUGGCCGUGUCCUCUUCGAUAUGGUAGGGGGCACCAAGGGAAGUCUCGCUGUGGGGGACCCCAUCACCGGCGACCACAAGUUGCUCGCAGAUCCGGACCCGGACCCCAUCUCAUUCUACCGCUCUGGCGUGGUUCUUUGUGCGGUGGACGGCUGCAACCACCGUGGCUGCCACGGCGGCCCUUUCGUUGUGGUGUUUGUGAGCACCCCAUCAAACAACGACGGCACCAAAGGUACAAGGGCAUGGGUGUACUCGUCGGAGACUGCUGCAUGGAGCUCACCGGCCUCUUUGCAGCUACCUAAAGGUUCCUCCGUCUACAAAAAACGUGGGGCCCAUGUUGGAGACCAAAUCUACUUCUUGCUCACAGAUACCAGAAUUCUCAAGUAUGAUCUGGGAAAGCAUUGCUUGACUACGAUUUGCUUGCCAGCCAUGUACACCAAUUGCCAUCGUGGUAGCCUCAUCACAAUGGACGACGGUUCAUCGCUGGGUUUUGUUGUUAUUGAGGAUUCAACCCUCCACUUGUGGGCGAGAAAGGUGAAUCUGGAUGGAUCUAUGGCAUGGGUACAAGAUAGAGUCGUCUUGCUUAACAAUCUAGUUCCUAUUAUUCCGACUGCACACACCCAUGGGCUCGUUAAUGUUAUUGGAUUCGCUGAGGGCGUGGAUAUUCUCUUACUAGGCGAAGAUGCUAGUGGCUACAUGUUUGAUCUGAAAUCAGGGCAGUUCAAGAAACUAAGCAACCCUGAGUACCACUACUAUGAUGUCUUCCCCUACUUGAGCUUUUUCAUUCCAGAUUUUGGUAGCCGCAAAUCGCCACUGCCAGUGGAGACAAAACAAUAGCGAUAGAGGCGCACUGCCAUCAACAGUGGGGACUCAGUGAUCCAGGUGCUAUCUGGAAAAUGGAAUGUGGACCAGUUCAUCACUACACGAUGCUGAUGCUUCUCCAGUGUUUUGUAUUCCGUUGAGCAGUUCAAUAAAUCGACCAUCUUGCAUGCAGAGCUGAUGCUUUCUAGUGUCUAGUACAUUAAUUUGUUAUCUCCUGAGAAAGUUUCAGUGUGAAGUGAGAACAGUACUAGUUAUCUUAUUCAAUAAGUGUUCUACUCAUCGGAUUUUCUAUUAACUUGAAUAAAGACUACAUUUUAGUU